UAAUGAGGGUGACUGUAUCACAUGUCGAGGAAAGAUUGAGGAAUCGACACAUUGAAUAUGUUGCUAAUUUUACGCGUUUCUUACCCGUAAUGAGGUCGAGAACAGCAAUGUCACUGCAGGCUAUAGGAACUACUUAUUCUAGCCUACAGCCUAGCAGAAGACACUCCAUUAUUCCACCAUUAGGUAGGCUAAUGUCGAUAAAGUAAACUGUGCACAUUACAUGUAGGGUACUAUCAGCAUGUUCUGACGGCAAAACAAGAUGAAAACUUGUAAAAUGGCAACGCUAUCAUGGGCGUUUGUACAUUUUUCCUCCGUAGAUCACACAUAGGCCUACCCUAAAUAAAAUAACAUUGUGCGGUCUAUGGAGCGCUUCAUCAAUGCUCUGGCAAUAAAGGUGUAACGUGGUAGAUUUAGGCUAAUAUGAUUACGUGUGUCCCAUUAUCCAAGGGCAUCCAUCGACAAUGGGCAACAAAAAGUUUUGUAAUCGGCGGAUAUCUAGUUAAUUGCCUACCUAUUCCACUCCAUAUUUUAUUACCCGCAACCGAAUAGGGCUGCAGUCUUGCGGAUGGAUACGUCAACAGCUUUGCAGUGAAAGAGCCGAAGGAUACCGAUCCUCUAGAGAAGAAAGGAAUGAAGUAGCAAGAGGAAAUAGAAAUUCUAACAUAGUGAAAAUAUAUACGUUUAAUCGAAACCAGAAUAGCAAUCCAUCUGAUAUUUUCAGCAAUUCAGCUCGCAGGAUCUAACGUUACGUUCGCUGGCUUCGGAAACUGGGUCACAAGAGAACGAAAACGACGAUAUCUGCAGGAGCGCGCAAACAACCUCCGUCUCUGCGGUCUCCAUUUUAGGUUCUUGCCCAGCCUGUACCUCACGUGUCCUGGACUGUCUUUCUCACAUGACCCGUGUGUUUGUCCCCGUGAUCAGGACUUCCAUCUCCGUAUUUCAGUGUCGCUGAAUAUCACUUUUUAUAUCGUUACCUUCAUGGAUAUGCUCGAACAGAGCCUGGACACCCCUACGAGUCACGACAAACAGGAAACCGAGGAGGUGGUUCAGCUGCAGGAGGGUGAAGCUGUUGGGGCAGAGGAGCAGGCUGCUGUUACCAUAGCAAGUGUCCAACAGGCAGCAUUUGCCGACCACAAUGUCCAGUACCAGUUCCGCACAGAAAGCAACGGUGGCCAGGUGGGGUUUAUCGCUGACCCUGAGGACCAGUUUCCCGUGACGUACCGGGUGGUCCAGGUGACUGAAGACCAGCUGGAAGCCGUUGGGGAUGCGGGAACGGCAGUUAGUGUGGUGUCUACGGCUGCCUUUGCUGGUGCUCAACAGGCAGUAGCUCAGGCUGUUAUCCAGAACCCCUUUAGUAAUGGCGGCAGUCCUGGUGGGGAGGCCGUGGGUGGAGAGACGCGCUUCGCCUACUUCCCAGCAGCCACUGUGAGUGAUGGAACCGCCACAGCCGUGUCUGUGCAGGCCACCGCAGACCCUUCGCAGGCAGGAGGUCAGUUCUACGUGAUGAUGAGUCCCCAAGAUGUGUUGCAAACUGGCACGCCGCGGACCAUCGCACCACGUACACACACCUACACGACAGACUACGGGGAAAACAAGAUGCUGCAACACGGUGGCAAUGCCAGCUGGAAGAUGGAGGGAGCACGAGCACCUCGAGAUGAAAGGAGGAGAGCGCAACACAAUGAGGUUGAAAGACGAAGAAGAGAUAAGAUCAACAACUGGAUUGUGACUCUCUCUAAAAUCAUCCCAGACUGCAACAUAGACAGCAGCAAAACUGGAGCGGUGAGCAUCAGCAAUGGGAGUAAAGGGGGAAUCCUGUCUAAGGCGUGUGACUACAUCCGUGAGCUCAGGCAGAAUAACCAGCGGCUGCAGGAGAGCUUUAAAGAGGUGGAGAGAGUGCAGCUGGACAACGACCUACUCAGACAGCAGAUUGAAGACCUGAAGAAUGACAACGCGUUGCUCCGGGCCCAGUUACAACAGCACGGCAUUGAAAUCAGCGGGGAGACAGCAACACAGUGACCAACACACCACACACCCACAGACACACAAACACACAGACACACACACACACACACACCGACACACACACACAGCACUGCAUAGUUAGAUGAAGAGACUGUUUCUGCAGUGAUGUGUCCCCACUCUCUCACACACCCAAGCAUACAUACGCUCGCAUUUUUAUUUCACCCGCACUUAUUAACAAAAAAUUGUCUUUUUUAGUUUUUACACACAGAAGCAUACCCAAAUACACUGGGGGCUGGCAGUUUGAGGACUUAACAGACAGUAGUUGAAGACAAAAAGAAUAUAAGUUAACACUACUAAGAAAUUCCUUUCUUCCACCACCACGCACACACACACACACACACACACACACACACACACACACACACACACACACACACACACACACUCAGACCUAGAAACCUGCAUCCCUCUGGGAGGAAGACUCCCGAUCUUCAUCAUAUAUGCCCUUCUCGGUCCUCGACGCCCUAAGUUGUUGGCUAACUUUGGUUUCCCUUUAUUAUUUUAUCUGCUCUCUAAUGCUCCUCGUUAUUUUAAGUUGUACUGCUGUCUGUGUGAUGUUUUGUUUGCUAUGUUGUCAUUUAAUUUAUUAGUUGAUAACAAAAAAAAUCAUGAAUACUCAAGACUCCUGGCAUGCGAGAAUGGCCAGAGAUGAGGUCUUUUGUCUGCUUGUGUCACACCGACCUAACAUGCAUCUUAGCACCCGUGAAAAUGUUCUCUAGCCAUGAGCAGCUGAAGGAUGGAAGAAUAACAAUGUACAUAACUGUUUGAAAUGUUUUUGGAGCGUUUGCGUUGCGCUGUGCUGUGCCGCGCUGAGCUCCUCUCUUGGUGGGGGGGCGGGCAGGUGAUGAAGGACUCCAGACUUCUCUCAGGUAUCCCAUACGCUUCUGCAUGCAGAAGAAGGCUGCACUGCUCACUGUGACCUGUAGGGGGUGUGCAUGAGUCCACGUCCCCUUCAGCUGCACGGUCUGUCUGACAAACACUCCCUCUCCCCCCCUCUCUCUCUUUCUUUUUCUCACUCUCUUUCUCUCUCUCCCCCCUCCCUCCCUCUCUUCUUCCCCACAUGGGGAGCUGGUUUUAGUGCCACUUCUAACUCCCUCUCUGGAGUAUGGAUCUGUGAAGCAGGUGCUUUUUCAACAAUACAGAGCUUUGUCAUCAUGUUUGAACAAUGGGAGAAAAAUGUAUGGAUGACCAACAUCAUGGACGAGCACUUGGUUUCACACUGUCAGAAGAUCAAAAUCUGAACCACACACAGCAUCUGAGUCCCCAAAGGAUGCUGUUGUCUCUGUGGCCCCUAAAUCUGAAUCCUGAGGCUAUUCAAAGCACUGGAUCAAGAGCAUCAACUAGACCAGAAAAUUUGACGCUCCAGAUGUUCAACCUCAAUUUCUUCAUGCCAUCAUUUUUUUUUUUUUUCUUUUCCCAAAGAUCUCAACUUCAUGGUAACACCAAGGAGCUGGAGCAAUGUAAUAAAUAAGUUUGAUCUCCUAAUGUCUUCCCUGCAAGCUCCAAGAAUGGUGGUUCCUUUAGGUCAAAGAAAAGCGUCUGCAGGGCUAGUCCUGGAAAUCUGCUAGAAGAAGUAGCCUAAUUUUUGAAAGAGACUUUUUGUCCCCCCCUAAUGCAAACACAAAUGAGAAUACAGUCAGACACAGUGUAGCAAGCUUGGUGUCUGCUUUGUUACCGUUGCCUGCAUUAUUAUUUCCCCCUGUUUGUUGAAAUCCAGAAACCACAAUUAUGAGUUUGCAGACAUUCUUAGGUAGUAACUUUCCGAUCAUCCUAACCACUGGCAUGAUUUCUAUCAAAUUGUACAAUAAAAUUGCAAUGUUUAUAUCAAA